AUGUCGACAGGGCUUUCCGGGUUAUCCAGAGCGUCUGGGUCGCCGGAGAACUUAUCGACUCCAGGCUUCAAAGCAGCAUUGAAGACGGAGUCGGACACCAACACGCCUGUAUUUGCUGCCAUGGACCAAUCCAGCUCGCUGAAGAAGGAGAUCGAUGAGUACGAACAGCUCAACAACGAGGCGCGCGCGCUGGAGGAAUUGCGCAACAUGGAUCUGCUCCCGCUUUUGCUGGACUUGGUUGAGAGUCUCAAGGCAGGCAAAAUAUCGCCAAAAGACUUCGACAACGCAGUAAGGCUGGACGAGUCUACAGAGAGCCGGAUCCAGAAGAUGGAGGAGAUGAAGAGGCGGAUCGGCGCGAAGCAGGAGCUGUUAAAGCGGUUCAGCGAGGAGAUCGAGGCGAAAUUCGGCGCGGAAAGGCCGAUUGCAGAGGACAAAAUGGAAAUAGACCGGUAG